GAGCAGCCUGCGAGAGGAGGAGGAGGUGAACCAGCAUCACCAGUGACACCAGUACCACCCAGACUGGGGCAGAGGGGAGUCCUAGAGGGCAGACAGGAGCACAGGGGGGCAACAGCAGCAACAGGAGGAACAGCAACCAGAGCUGCAGGACCCUCAUCCAGCUGGGCAGGAUGGUGAUCAAAGUUUACAUUGCAACCUCCUCGGGGUCCACAUCUAUUAAGAAGAAGCAGCAGGAUGUCUUGGGGUUUUUUGAUGCUGUAAAGAUCGAGUAUGAAGAAAAGGAUAUCGCGGCCAACGAGGAGAAUCGCAAAUGGAUGCGAGAAAAUGUUCCUGAGAACAGCCGGCCGGCUAACAGCAACCCUCUCCCCCCGCAGAUUUUUAACGACAGCCAGUACUGUGGGGAUUAUGACGCUUUCUUCGAAGCGCGAGAGAAUAACGCCGUUUAUGCCUUUCUGGGCCUGACUGCUCCACCGGGUUCCAAGGAGGCAGAGGCUCUGGCGAAGCAGAACGCGUAAAACCCCCCCGAGAUAAUCGUUCCAGAACCCCGACCCAAAACUUCCGAGCUUUCCAAAGCGCCUCCGAUCUGCUUCAACACAUCCAAGCGGCUUUUGCACUCAAUCUCUUCAUUUUCUAAUACAGCAGAGAAGCGCGUGGCUCUCCGGGGAGCGAUUCGCCUCGCGCCGCGUCCGCCAUCCUUUGGAAAUUUUAUUAGACGUGCCAAAAACUUAAAGGGGGGGGGGUGCCCCAUUAAGGCAAAAAACGGGGCAAUUCAUAGGAACUCACAAUGAGUUAAUGUAUUGUCAGUGGCCACUUUCUGAACCCUUUGAGUGCCUGCUUGCCUUUUACUUAGAGUUAACCCUUUCAGUAAAGGCCUUGAAGUGGAUAUAUA